GGUUCAAUUCCAGAGAGGCAGCCUGAGAAACGGCUACCUUAUCCAAGGAAGGCGGUACUGCGGGGAAUAUUAUUGAACGGGUUUUUGGUAUUCAAGCGGGUAACACCAAUUAAAUACUUGCGGUUCCAGGCAGGGUAUCAACUUAAAGAGGGCAUAUUGGGGAAUGUGUGA